AUGAGGGGCUGCAGCAUUCCUGCCAUCAGUCCAGCCCUGAGUUUCAGCCAGAUAAUUGUCAAUGGGGAGCAUGCACGAUCAGGCUCCUGGCCCUGGCAAGUGACCAAGGAGAGAAAUGGCUUCCACUUCUGUGGUGGCUCUCUUAUUAGCCUAAACAGGGUGGUAACUGUUGCCCACUGUGAGGGUAGUCCUGGCAGCCACUCUUGUCCUGGACGGCAAUUCAGGCAUGCCCCACUCCAGCCACCUCAGCACCAGCUCUGGGUGCCUAUUCCCACCUUGGUCCUACAUUAUCCCUUUUCUGGCUCCCUAGGCAUUUCACACCCAAACUGGAAAUCCACCACUCUGAACAAUGAUGUGAAGUUCCUAAAACUGGCCUCACUAGCCCAGUAUACAACACACAUCUCACCUGUCUGCGAUGAGAAGCUCUGGGCCAAUCUUUUUUUUUUUUUUUUUUUCCUUUUUUAUAGGUACCGGGGAUUGAACUCACGACUGCCUGCUUGUAAGGCAGGCGCUUAUGCCGCUGAGCUAAAUCCCCAGCCCCUGGGCCAGUCUAUCUUUUCCUGGCCCACAGGCAAUGUGACACUGGCACGUCUGCAGCAGGUAGUUCUGUUCCUGACUGUGAAUCAGUGCCAACAGUAUUGGGGCUCAAGUAUCACUGACUCCAUGGUCUGUGCAGGUGCCUCAGGUGUUUCCUCGUGCCAGGGUGACUUUGGAGGCCCUCUUGUCUGCCAGAAAGGGAGCACAUGGGUGUUUAUUGGUAUUGUGUCCUGAGGCACCAGUAAUUGCAAUGUGUGAGCACCUGCUGUAUACACUCAUGUUAGCAAGUUCAACACUUGGAUCAACCAGGUCAUAGCCUCCAGCUGAACCUAUCACAGGCCUUCUCCCCCAUCUCAACUUAAUAAAGAUCCUAACCUCUA